AUGAGCAAAGUCUCCGGGUUCUUUAAGAAGACGGGUUUUAGCUCAUGUAGUCGUUUCUUCACAACCACUUCUGGAUGCUUGGUAGAGGAGCCCAUUGUUCUAAGCAAAUUGAAACGGGGGACUGGUGGGAGAGCCUCAUUUAAUGGCAUGACCGUGACCGUGUUUGGUGGGACUGGAUAUUUAGGCCGGAAUUUAAUGGCACAGCUCGCCAAAACUGGAACACAGAUUAUCCUUCCAUACAGAUGUGAUCCUCAUAUGAUCAGAGAUGUAAAAGUUAUUGGGGAUCUGGGGCAAGUUUUAUUUUUGCCUUUUGAUUUGAAAGAUGAUGAAUCCUUAAGAAAAGCCAUGAAGUAUAGUGAUGUGGUCAUUAAUCUAACAGGCACAGAUUCUGACACUAGAAACUUUACUAUUGAACAUGUACACAUUGAUGCGGCCUCGCGGAUUGCAAGGAUAUCUAAAGAAUUAGGAGUUCAGCAACUGGUUCAUGUAUCUGCACUGUGUCAAAAUAAGAAUCCUGCGAAAUAUGUUCGGAAGCCCUCUCGAUAUAUGAUAUCUAAAGCAAUUGGUGAAGAGGAGGUUCUGCGUGAACGCCCAGACGCUACGAUUUUCAGACCAGCUGAAAUAUGGGGACCACAUGAUCGUUUUUUGUGCUAUUUUGCUUCAAGACCUCGGCGAUUCCAUAGAUUUCAAAAUGUUCAUAUCCCAUUAUGGGCUCGUGGCAAAAAUACCGUAAAGCAACCUGUUUGUAUACAUGAUCUUGCCCGUGGAAUUGUCAAUUCAUUGCAUAAUCCAGAGUCACUAGGACAGAUUUAUGAAGCCGUUGGUCCUCAUCGUUAUCGAUUAGAUGACUUAGUAAAGUGGAUUUAUUUCAUUUGUCGAUACUUACCUAGUGAGGUAUACGUAACUUCAAUGACCCCCUUGUUUUUAGCCCGAACUUACAUCUAUGAACGUCUUUCUCCCAAUUACUCCCACCUUACAUUUGAACGGUUAGAGAGAGAAAGUGCUACGGAUAUUUUAUCUGGUUGCCCAACACUUGAUGACCUUAAUGUAAAGCUAAGCAAAUUGGAGGACCACAUUAAUCAUAUUGUAUUUCUUUACCGCCGGCAGCAUUUCUAUUGGGACGCUCUUGGUGAAUUUCCGGAACCACCUCCUCCUCCUAUCCAAUUUCAAUAA